AUGAAGAAUACCAUUAAUCGAAAAAACGAUGGGAGUAGAUCGAAUUAUGUGCAUUACACAUCAAGACAGCAACCUCAACAGAUUCGCACCACACCACAAUCAGCUUCAAUUGCUCAAAUAGGAUUCCAAUUGGAUGGUAACUACAAUGAAAUGUUCCCGGCGCUUGGUGAACCAGUACCAAGUCAACCUUCGAGACGUAAUACUCAAAUAAAAGAAACUUCGUAUUCAAAUGUCGUACACCAACUGAUAACAGAUGAGAAGAAUAAUUUUGAUAUAGAGCACCGUAGUCAGCAUGAGAACCGGCCUACACAAGCAGCAACACUAAUCACGACUCGAGUUCCACAGGUACCGCAUAUGAACGUUCCAGCAUUGGUACCUACAUCUCUCUAUACUUACACACCGGCAAUACUCGUUCAAUCCAACACAAGAACUCAAUAUCAUGUGCCUCAAUCGCGAUCAGCUUAUGUGGAAGAUAUUUCUAGAAAACUAUCCGAAAUUAUUAUUAGCAUUCACCGAAGCCGAGAGUUUGUCUCGCGUGAACGUGUUCAGUUAGAGUUGUUCAAGCACUAUGGUGUCGCGUCGUGGAGCCAAUUGGGGGUUCGCUCCAGUGAAUUCAGUCCUUUGGUAAAUCUAACUGAUCGAAUAAGAAAAGUCACAUUUUAUAUGCAAAUUUUCGAACAAAUUUUCGUGUUAUGCACCUUGCACGAUCUUGGAUCGCUUCUAGCUGGAUUUCUUAAGUUGAAUACGUACGAAGACGCACUUCUGGGUCCUCUUGAUGAAAAUCCGGAUGUAAAACGAGUGUUCCGUUAUGAGCCAACCCGACGACAUCAACCAAUUCCAUUUUUGGUGAGCGGUGAUGUUAUUGCGUUGUUUAUCCAGUUUCGUCAACGAUUCAGAGGCUACGUUCAAUAUGGUGAAUUUCUCAACGAGCUCGUCAACCGUAACCAAUUGAGAACACAAAGAGAACUUGGGUUGUAUUGUAAAUCAUUUCCAUAUUUACAAGAGGUCUCAAAUAUCGUAUGGCGACAUUUUCACGUGUAUACUGGUGAAAUGCAGAGAAAAGCGACAGAAAAUUUGAGGAAUGAUGUUCUCGNAUGCGAAGUCAAACGUGACACUUGGAGAUAUGUUUUAUUAUUCGAUUUGAAUGAACCAACAGGACCAUUUACUAUGGAUUUGAUUGAACCACACGUCGCAUUGACACAUGAUCGAAUUGAUUUAGAUGUGAGUAAUCUAUCCGUAGAGAAAGAUUAUACUCAUGAACUUGGAAUGCGUAUCGACAUACAACGAAAACCUUACGAAAUUGAUUUAGAAAAGAUUGUUAAACAUAUCAGAAACAAACGUUUUCAAGUUCUUCGUCCAACCGAUACAUUCGUUCAACAGCGUAUUGACAAAAUGAUACGUCGUGGAUGGGCUCAAGAUGGACCUGUCAUAUCAAUCUUGCCCAAUCCUCACCAUCAACAUUAUGCCAUUCUAGUGCCCCUACCAACGAGUGCUACUCUGUAUAUUGCUGUUUCAGCGAAGAUGACAAACAUUAGUGCCGUUCAAAUUAUCUCAAUAGAAGAGAUACGAAAUCCUUUUCUCGAAGAGAUCUACGAAGGUAUAAAGAAACUCACUUCCAAGCAGUGUCCAAAUCAAAAUCCAAAUGAACAAGAAUUAUUUCACGGUGCGAAAAGUUUUGGUGCUAAAGGUAUUACCGAAGACGGGUACGACGAUCGAUAUUUUAGUAAAGAUGGCUUAUAUGGUCAUGGUGCUUAUUUUGCUGACAAUCCACAAAAAUCGCACGGCUAUACUGAUGUAAAUCCCACCGAUGGCACUCGCGUCAUGUUUUAUAACAAGGUGCUCUUGGGUGAAUCUAAGGUCUUAACAACUACAGAUAAAACAUUGGUAUCAGCUCCACUAGGAUUCCAUUCGAUAAUUGGCAAGCACUCAACAAUGACGGAAUAUAUUGUGUAUCGCUAUGGUCAGGCAUUGCCUUACUUAAAAAUCGUUUACAAAGCGUAA